CCACUUGAUAUAAUGAUAAAACUUGAUAAAGAAAUAGAAAAAUAUUCUUUAUCUAAAGAAGAAUGGAAUCAAAUUACAAUAAUUCAAGAUUUAUUAGAAAAUUUUGAACAAGCAACUAAUAAUAUUAGUGCUACAAGUGUUUCUGUAGAAAGAGCAUUUUUAGCUGCUAAAGAAUUAAUUACUUCUCAAAGAUAUAAUUUAAAUCCUACAACAAUUAGAGCAUGUAUGUGUUUAAAAAAAUGGCAAAAAGUUAAAUAA